AUGUGUAAGCGAUGUUUAACAGGGCGUAAAGUGACGUUAUGCUUUGAUAAAGUUGUAAUGCGUCCACAUCUAAGUAACACAAAUACAAAUCGUAAUGAAAUGUCAAUAAAUAAUAAAAAUAAAAUGUAUCAUCAGCGUUUACCGGAAGAUCCGGACGCCCAAUUAUUAAUGGAUACAAGAGAUAUGUGUAAGCGUACAAAACGGCAACGUGGCGGUAGUAAAAUGUUAAUAGAUUUAUAUAAAAAUAAUAGCCCAUUAGUUGAACGUAUUGCAUUCGGUGUGAAAUUAGCGACAAAUGAAUGCCAAUAUCAAUUUCGUGAUCGUCGAUGGAAUUGUACAACUGUUCGACGUAGUAUACGAAAAGUAUUAAUGCGUGAUACGCGAGAGACAGGAUUUGUGAAUGCAAUUAUAGCAGCAGGAAUCACGUAUGCAGUAACACGAGCUUGUACCAGUGGAGAUCUAGUUGAAUGUUCAUGUGAAAAAACCGCAAAAUUAAACUCAAAACGUGCUGGAAAUAUGGCGGCACAUGCUUCGUCAUCAAUCCCGGGGGGUGAUGGAGAAUGGGAAUGGGGUGGUUGUGGUGAUAAUGUUAAUUUUGGUUACAAAAAGUCUAAAGAAUGUUUGGAUGCUAGACAUCGACGACGAAGCGAUAUUAAAACAUUAAUGAAAUUACACAAUCAUGAAGCUGGUCGAUUGGCAGUAAAAAAUCACAUGCGUACCGAAUGUAAAUGUCAUGGUUUAUCCGGAUCGUGUACUUUACGUACAUGCUGGCGAAAAAUGCCAUCAUUUCGUGACGUAGGCAAUCGUUUAAAAGAACGUUUCGAUGGUGCUGCAAAAGUGAUCGCCCACAAUGAUGGUCGUAAGUUUAUGCCAGAAGGAGAAAACAUUAAACCACCAGGUCGUAGUGAUUUAGUUUACACAGAAGAUUCACCAGAUUUUUGUCGUGUAAAUCGUAAAACUGGAUCAUUAGGUACUCAAGGACGCUAUUGUACAUAUGGUAGUCAGGAAGUUGAUGGUUGUGAUAUAUUGUGUUGUGGACGCGGUUUUACAUCACGUGAUAAAAAUGAAACCGUUAAUUGUAAAUGUCGUUUUAAAUGGUGCUGUGAAGUAACAUGUGAUAUUUGUCACUUAACAAGACGUAUACAUACAUGUAAUUGA